CUAGGAAUGGCUUCUGCUAACACUUCCUGGUCUGAAGAGAACUUUUCAUGUUCCAUCUGUCUGGAUGUGUUCAGCAGCCCAGUUUCCACACCAUGUGGACACAACUUCUGCAGAACCUGUAUUGCAAAGUUCUGGGAUGAACAAGUCCGGUACAAAUGUCCUGUUUGCAACGAGCUUUUUCAAAGUAGACCCUAUCCACGAGUCAAUACCCUCUUAUCAGAGCUGGUCGCUCAGUUUAAAACAUCCGUACGAGUAGAAGAGCAGCCUUGUGCUGAACCAGGAGAAGUUCCCUGUGAUGUCUGUAUUGGGACCAAGCUGAAGGCCAUGAAGUCCUGUCUUGUGUGUCUUAUGUCUUACUGCCAAACCCACCUGGAGCCGCAUCAGAGAGUCGCAGUCCUGAAGAAACAUCGGCUGGUCGAGCCUAUGGACCGUCUGGAAGACAGGAUGUGUAAGAAACACGAACGACUUCUGGAGCUCUUCUGCAAGUCUGAACAGGUGUGUGUGUGUCAGUUCUGCACAGAGACAGACCACAAGUACCAUCCUGUUGUACCACUAAAGGAGGAAUAUGAAGUGAAGACGGCCCAGCUGGGGAAGAUAGAGGCUGAAGUUCAGCAGAUGAUCCAGGAGAGACAAAAAAAUAUUCAGGAGAUUAAAGACACAGUUAAACGCAGCAAAGCAGAUGCAGACAGACAGAUAGCUGAUGGUGUGCAGGUCCUCACUGCUCUGAUGCACUGCAUUGAAAAGUGCCAGGAUGAUCUCAUCCAACAGGUUAAAGAGAGACUGAAAGACACAGAGAAACAAGCUGAAGACCUUAUCAAAGAGCUGGAGCAGGAGAUAGAAGAUCUGACCAACAGAAGCUCAGAGGUGAAGCAGCUCUCACACACUAAAGACCACCUCCACUUCCUCCAGGCCUUCAGAUCCCUGAAGAAUCCUCCACCCACCAGGGACUGGACAACAGUGGAGGUCUGUCCUCCGUCAUACGUAGGGACCUUGAGGAGAUCCCUGGAUCAGCUGGAGGAGACACUGAACAUGGAGAUGAAGAAGCUGUGUAAUGAUGCUGAACUGAAGAGGGUCCAGCAGUAUGAAGUAGAUGUGACUCUGGAUCCUGAUACAGCUGGUCCCAGUCUCAUCCUGUCUAAGGAUGGGAAACAAGUACAUGAUGGAGGUGUAAGGAAGAAACUCACAGACAACCCUAAGAGAUUUAAACAGUGUGUAUGUGUUCUCACGAGGCAGAGCUUCUCCUCAGGGAGGUUUUACUUUGAGGUCAAGGUUAAAGACAAGACUCAAUGGCAUGUUGGUGUUGCCAGAGAGUCCAUCAACAGAAAAGGCGCUAUACGUGCGACCCCUGAGACGGGUUACUGGACCAUUAAAUUCAGCAAGGAUGGGUUGGCAUUUAAUGAUAAGCUUUAUGUCUAUGUCCCUAUGAGAGCUGAGCUCCAGAAGGUGGGGGUGUUUGUUGAUUAUGAUGAGGGUCUGGUCUCCUUCUAUGAUGUAGAAGCCAGGGUUCAUAUCUACUCUGCUACUUGCUGCACCUUUAGUGAGCCUCUCUAUCCAUUCCUCUCUCCAUGUUUACAUGAAGAAGGUACAAACUCUGCCCCCCUGAUCCUCUCACCUGUCAAUCAAACAGACUAGGACCUUUGUUUAAUAAUAAAAUAAUCAUACAACCAGGAAACAACUAAUGCUGUUUCCUGAAUUACACUCUCUACUGUGUGAAAUCUUAGAGAACUGUAUUGAUAUCGUACUUUUCACUGUCAUUUAACAAGGACCAAUACAUUAAGCUACUAACACUGUGUAAUAUCAACAAUAUUACCCAUUAUAACUGAUAAGACUACACAAUAAUGUUCAAUGUCUUGACCAAAUAUAUUCCUUUAUUAUUUUGAAUCAUGUUUGACAACACAAAAC